AGCGUUCGAUCAAUCAGAGAAAAUCAUCCCUCCAUAUCUCUCUAGCUCUUCUUCCUCCUCCUCAGCUCCCGAGUUCUUCCUGAGCGAAGCAAGCCAAGCUAGGUAGCAGAUCCGAGAAGGCGAAGCGAUGUCGGACGUGACGGCGGUGAUGGAUCUGGAGGUGGAGGAGCCGCGGCUGUCGCUGCCGCCGGGCUUCCGGUUCCACCCCACCGACGAGGAGGUGGUCACGCACUACCUCACCCCCAAGGCCGUCAACAACGCCUUCUCCUGCCUCGUGAUCGCCGACGUCGACCUCAACAAGACGGAGCCGUGGGAUCUCCCCGGGAAGGCGAAGAUGGGGGAGAAGGAGUGGUACUUCUUCGUGCACAAGGAUCGCAAGUACCCGACGGGGACGCGCACCAACCGCGCCACGGAGAAGGGGUACUGGAAGGCGACGGGGAAGGACAAGGAGAUCUUCCGCGGCAAGGGCCGGGACGCCGUGCUCGUCGGCAUGAAGAAGACGCUCGUCUUCUACACCGGCCGCGCGCCCCGCGGCGACAAGACGCCGUACGUCAUGCACGAGUACCGCCUCGAGGGCCAGCUGCCCCACCGCCUCCCCCGCUCCGCCAAGAACGAUUGGGCUGUUUGCCGGGUGUUCGACAAGGACUUAGCGGCGAAGAAUGCGCCGCCCCCGAUGGCGCCGGCGGCCGUCGGGGUCAUGGAGGACCCGUACGCCUUCCUCGACGUCGACGACUUCCUCAACAACCCCGACCUGCUCAACAACGCCGACCUGCCGAUGCUCAUGGACUCCCCGUCAGGCGCCGACGACUUCGCCGGCGCCUCGAGCUCCACCUCCAGCGCCGCCGUGCCGCUCGAGCCGGACAUGGAGCACCUUUCCAUCAAGACGGAGCCACCGGUGCCGCAGCAGCAGAUGCAGAGCCCCAACUACUUCUUCAUGCCGGCGGCGACGCCCAACGGCAACCACGGCGGCGGCGGGUACUCACCCUACCAGGCCAUGGGGGACCAGCAGACCGCGAUCCGCAGGCACUGCAAGCCGGAGGCGGCGUCUUCGUCGGCGCUGCUGAGCCCUUCGCUCGGCUUCGACGCGGGGGCGCUCGCCGGCGCGGACACCUCGUUCCUGAUGCCGUCGUCGCGGUCGUACCUCGAUCUGGAGGCCAUGGACUACUCCAACAUGUGGAAGAUCUGAUUGAACCCAUCCAUCUCUUCGAUGGGCUGGAGCGUCUCCGUUUGCUGGUAGCUAUAGAUGGUUAAUUUGGUUGGUGCUAGCUCUUGGAUUGAUUAGUUGCUUCAUUAACUUUCGAUUAAGGAUUGGGUUAAUUAGGCGGCGAUGAUUCGAGGAGGAUCGUCGCGUGUUUGUUGUUGAUGCGUGCAAGGCAUAAUGAUGGCCUGUGAGCGAGGGAGUGCUGAUUAAUCUUAGGGUGUGAUAUCAAACUGCUAGGAGGCAUCUGUAGUUUGUACAUAGGUACCAGAUUGCCAUCAUACAGUUUAGUGAUUAGGGGAUGAAUUGGAGGGUGAGAGAUUAUACCGAGACCGACUUGUUUGAUAAAUCUGAUUGUGUGUUAAUUGAAAUGAAGUAUUCCCCUUCUAA